AUCAUGGCUGUCUAUGUGGCUGCCAUAGACUUUGGGACUACAUAUUCAGGGUAUGCAUUUUCUGUGAGUUCACCUAACACUGAGCUGAAGAAUGUAGAGAUAUUAUCCAAUCAGGUAUGGAAUUCUGGAACAGCAGAAGUUGCAUCGUUAAAGACACCAACUUGCCUACUGCUCACGAAAGAACGUGACCUGGUAGCUUUCGGGUAUGAAGCAGAGGAACAGUAUGCAGAUAUUGUAAUGGAUGGUCAUGCUGAUGAUUACUACUUCUUUCAUAGAUUUAAAAUGAAUCUUCAUAAUAAUCAGAAUAUAAGAAUGAGUAUGGUUCUUGAAGAUGUGAGAGGAAAACCACUACCUGCCAUUGACGUGUUUUCUUUAUCGAUUCAAGCCUUAAAAUGUCACCUACACAGUUCUAUUGAAGUAAAGAACAUAGAAUUUGACAAAAGGCAGACGAAAUGGGUACUUACCGUUCCUGCCAUUUGGACAGACACAGCUAAGCAGUUCAUGAGGAAAAGUGCUGAAAAGGCUGGAAUACCAAGAGAUAAUUUAACUAUUGCCCUUGAACCAGAAGCGGCAUCAAUAUAUUGUCAGACGUUCCCGUCUCCUGGUUGCCAAGAAAUCGCUGAAAUUGGAUCAAGAUAUAUGGUCGUGGAUCUUGGGGGUGGCACAGUAGACAUAACGGUACAUGAAAAGAAUGCAAAUGGAACAUUGAAGGAAGUGGUAAAAGCCUCUGGAAAUGGUUGUGGUGGGACUUUUAUUGAUGAUGAAUUUAUUCAGUUGUUCGUUCGUAUAUUUGGUAGACCAAUUAUGAACAGCCUAAAAUCAGAGUUUCCUGAUUCUUACUUGUAUCUGCUUCGAAGUAUAGAGAACGUUAAAAGAGUAUAUGAGACAUCACAAACUAGGAAAGUAAAUAUAACAAUUCCUCGUUCGACUCUUGAUGAUCUGUGCCAGUCAUAUUUAGGGGAAAAUAUCACUACCGUCAUUAAUUCAUCCAGUCUGUCUAGUAACAUUGAAAUAAUUCGAGACAAAAUACGAAUUGAACCAGUAUUUGUUGAAUCAUUGUUCAAAGCAACAUGUGAUAAUGUUGUAUCUUUAUUACAGUCUGUUUUGCAACAGUCGGCAGUUCCAAACGUUACAAAGAUUCUUCUUGUCGGUGGUUUUGCAGAUUGCAAGGUAAUACAAAACACUAUGAAAUCUGCUUUUCUUAAUGAAAACAUAAUUUUGCAAGAGGAUACUUCAACUAUAGUUCUUAAGGGUGCAGUUUUAUUUGGUUAUACAUCCGAUUACAUAUCAUCUCGAAUGGCAAGAUAUACAUAUGGUAUAGAGAUCGACUGUCAUUUUGAUGAUAAGGUGCAUGCUAUGGAGAAGAUAAAAGUGGAGUCGGGGAAAAGAUAUUGCAAAAAUGUGUUUUCUCCAUUCAUGAAGAUAAAUACACCUAUAUCAGUUGGCCACACAAUUGAGAAAACGUAUGAAACACGUGAGCAGUUUCAAAGAACUUGUUUGUACCAAGUGUUUUACACCAAACAUGAGAACGUUAUGUAUACAGACACUGGAGAGUGUUCAUUACUUGGAGAAUUUACGAUACAUUUUAUAAAUCCAACUAAACAUACCAGGGAAAUGAAAGUUAUAUUCAACUUUGGAGACACAGAAUUCUCAUUAACAGUAAUUGAUGUUGAAUCCAAAUCCGAAAAGAAAGAGUUUUUCGAACUUCAACGUUAAGCUGAUCUUAAGAUAUAAGAUUCAAUUUAUCAUAUGCGUCUUUACAACUUGUUACUGGUGUGGUUUUAAAAAAAACAGUCUUUCAUUUUGGGGCUUCAUACCAAUAUACAAAUAGAUCAAUUCAAAGGAAAUUCCGUGUAAGUCACUAAAUUUGGGUUAACUUUGGAAAUUUGUUUGUCUAAAAUAAAGAAUUACAAUGAA